AUGGAGACGUUCACCAAUACUUACGAUGAAAAGAUUCGUCCGCUGAUGGAUAGAAUUGAUCAAGCUCGAUCACUUUUAUCGUCAAACGAUGAUGGUAUUAGGUUUCCAAACGUUGUUGUGGUUGGCGAUCAAUCAAGUGGGAAAUCAACACUAUUGGAAGCAUUAUCCCUAGUCGAACUUCCGAAAGGCUCUGGUAUUGUGACUCGAUGUCCGUUGGUGUUGCGAUUACGUAAAGGAAACCAAAGAAAGGUUUAUCGUUUGCAUGAGGAUAAUAAAAAGGUUCUGUUGGAUGAAAUAAAACUGAAUAUCUUACAAUACAUUGAGGAAGAAACCAAAAAGUUAGCUGGUGCUCAGAAAAAUGUUGUUCAUACUUUAAUUGAAUUACAAGUGGAAGAUCCUCAGGUACGCGACUUGACUGUGAUAGAUUUGCCUGGUAUAGCACGAAAUCCGAUAGCUGAUCAGCCCAAAGAUAUUCAUAAACAGACAACAGACUUGAUUCGGCACUUCAUUCGACAAGAAGGCAGUGUUAUACUGUGUGUCUUUCCGGCUAACGUAGAUGCUGCAACAGUUGAAUCACUCGCAUUAGCACGAGAAGUUGAUCCAACGGGUAUUCGAACUAUUGGUGUUAUCACCAAAUCGGAUCUCGCCACGAAUCAUGAUGCAUUGGUUCAACAUUUAUUAAUGGAUCGACCUGAUGGCCUUCAUUUAAAAUUGGGCUUCGUUGCUGUUCGUAACCGUAGUACAGACGAAAAACUUUCUUUAGGCGAUGCACGGAAACGUGAAAAAGAAUUCUUCCGUAAGCAUUCUGCUGCGACUGCGGUUGGAUGGCAUUCUCUAGGUAUUGAUGCAUUGAUCAAUCGUUUGGCUGAUCUUUAUUCUGAUCGUGUCAAAGAUAUAUUUCCUAAAAUGCGAAGCGAGAUACAUAAAAAAUUAAACGAAGUUCGUGAGCAAUUAUCAAAAUUUCCACCGGAUCUUGAAACAGCUUCAGCACGUUUAGCCAAAUAUUAUGAAUUGGCGGAUUUCUAUGUCGAAAACAUUCUUCAAGUACGCUUUGUCAGUUCAAACGAUGGAAGACGUGCAAGUAUGGUCAAUACUUUGCACGGUAAAUUUAAGAAACUUGAAAAUAUCGUUGAAACUCAAAAGUGUCAAUUGUUUUCACCGGCAUAUCGCUCCAAAGUUCGGGACGCCAUGUCCGCGUGUUUUGGCGAACAAUUACCCAAUUUUUUACCGCAUCCUGUGUUGAAAGGUCUCAUUUGUGAGAAACUGGAUGAACUUUGGAAGGUGACCAAGGUACUUAUCAACGAUUGUUUCCAAACGACCGGGCGUCUUCUAUCAAAAGAUGAUAAGGAGGCAUGCAACGGUGACAUUUUGCUACUGAAAUUGUUACCAGCCUUUCGUCAACUUGUUCGGUCGUACGUGAAUGAAAAACGGCAAGCUGUUCAUGAUCAAGUGCAAGAAUUGAUUCGAUUAGAAAAGCAUGAUCCCUAUACAAUAAACCAUUACUAUGCGGAUACUAUCAAUAGGCUUAGGCAGAGUAAAACCGACGAGAUACAGAUCAAAGCAAGUGAAAUGAGUGCCCCUUCCGUAGUGGUAGAAAAUGACGACGAUGAAAAAUCUAUUCGUGACGCCAUCUCAAAUGACGAUCAAGGACUACAAGACAUGUUGAUUAGUAUUUUUGCGUAUUGGAAGUUAUUAUUGAAACGUUUCGUCGAUUAUACAGCAUUAUCUUUACGUGCUGGGUGUGUCUUUGAUAUCUGCCCCGGUAUCAGAGCACGGUUAAGACAAGUUCCUGUUGAACAAGCUGAUUUUGUCGAUUUUUAUCUAGCAGAGGAUUCGUCAGUUCGACUCGAACGAAAACAAUUACAACAAGCUAAAGAAAGAUUGGAGAAAGUGGAUGCAAUUCUUGGUGGUGAUGGUAGUAUCAAGAAUAAUGGCAAGAAUGCGUUUCAUGAUCUAAUGGAAAUCGAUAAUUCUUCCUUCACGACCAUUGAUCAACUGUCAGAAAACCAGAUUAAUUCUAUUGAAGAGAACCAUUCUUGCUUAACAUCAGUCAGCUCCGUUAAUAAACGUCAGAAAAAAUAG